ACAUUAUUAUUUGGCAACCGGAAGUUUGUGUGUUGUCUGUUACCAGUAACGCCAAGGACUUUUGUUUGGCGCCUUUACGGGCCGGUCUGGUUUUACUGAUAAAUUUGUGAAUUUCUCUCAAACAAACUAAAGUUAUUGUUAAAUAUAAUGGGUGACAAAGGUGACGGAGAAACCUUUGAUGAUGCGGUUGAAGAGAGGGUAAUCAAUGAAGAGUAUAAAAUAUGGAAGAAGAACACUCCAUUUUUGUACGAUCUGGUGAUGACACACGCUCUGGAGUGGCCCUCGCUAACUGCCCAGUGGCUACCUGACGUGACUCGGCCUGAAGGAAAGGAUUAUUCAGUGCAUAGAUUAAUCUUGGGUACUCACACAUCAGAUGAACAGAAUCACUUGUUAAUCGCAAGUGUACAGCUUCCCAAUGAAGAUGCACAGUUUGAUGCGAGCCAUUAUGACAAUGAUAAAGGUGAAUUUGGUGGCUUCGGAUCAGUGUCAGGUAAAAUUGACAUUGAGAUCAAAAUCAACCAUGAGGGUGAAGUGAACAGGGCUCGCUACAUGCCUCAGAACCCCUGUGUGAUUGCCACCAAGACUCCUUCUUCUGAUGUACUGGUCUUUGACUACACUAAGCAUCCAUCAAAACCUGAACCUUCUGGGGAAUGCCAUCCUGAUCUCAGAUUGCGUGGGCACCAAAAAGAGGGCUAUGGUUUAUCCUGGAAUCCAAACCUUAAUGGUUAUCUGCUGUCAGCAAGUGAUGACCAUACAAUAUGUCUGUGGGACAUAAACGCGACACCGAAGGAAGGUCGCGUCAUUGAAGCUAAGUCGGUGUUCACUGGACACACGGCCGUGGUUGAGGAUGUCGCCUGGCAUCUCCUGCACGAAUCACUAUUCGGCUCUGUGGCUGAUGAUCAGAAACUCAUGAUUUGGGAUACUAGAUGUAACAACACAUCAAAGCCCUCUCACACAGUAGAUGCGCAUACUGCUGAAGUCAACUGUCUCAGCUUCAAUCCCUACUCUGAAUUCAUUCUAGCUACAGGCAGUGCUGAUAAAACGGUGGCGCUAUGGGACCUCCGGAACCUGAAGCUCAAGCUACACUCAUUCGAGUCACACAAGGACGAGAUCUUCCAAGUGCAAUGGUCGCCGCAUAACGAGACCAUCCUUGCCAGCAGUGGUACCGACAGAAGGCUUCACGUGUGGGAUCUGUCGAAGAUAGGCGAGGAGCAGACGGCCGAAGACGCCGAGGAUGGUCCUCCUGAGUUAUUGUUCAUCCACGGUGGACAUACAGCUAAGAUAUCAGACUUCUCAUGGAACCCUAACGAACCGUGGGUUAUCUGCUCUGUGUCCGAAGACAAUAUUAUGCAGGUAUGGCAGAUGGCUGAGAACAUCUACAACGACGAGGAGCCCGAGACGCCUGCGUCGGAGCUGGAAUCUGGUGUGAACGUGAACCACGGCUAGCUCCGCGCCAGCGUAGCCGGACUCCAGCAGACAGCAGACGAGCCUCCACUGUAUGACUCUAUGUACGUAAUGUGACAACUACACCAUACACAGUACGCGUUAAUACACCAAUCUCUAAUAGGCUUAACUAUGUUCUCGAUUAAAGAAACCGGACUGUCUGUUCAACUCAUCUAUUCCGUAGGCAAAAUAGUUAAUGUUAUUUUUAAUGGAUGAAAGUCACCAUAUCUUAUUGUUGGUGUUCAUUAUUAUAUCAUUUACUCUGUAAUCGCCCAUUUCUCCAACACCAGAGUCACUUAACGCGUACUGUACUGUCACCCGGGCUCUAUAACAAGUUUCAGUUUAAAAUAUGGAAAUUAUACAUAGAGCUCUUUCAUGAUAAGAAAUUCGUUCUUAAAGUUUAUACAGUGUGUUGAAUUUGUUUCCGAUUACACCCUGUUAGGCCAAAAAUAAAUAUGUGAAUUAGGCAAAUUGGUUUUUGUUUUUAUGUUCUCGACUUUCCGUCAUGCUGCUAUGUGAUUUUUUCAAUAAAAUGUCAAGUUACUGUGUGUAAUUUUGUGAUGAAGGCAACAGAUCAGAAUUAGAUGUGUUUAGGUAGUGAUUGGGUGUUAUUUCGUGGCAUUAUUGUUAUUCUUUGUUUGGGCAAAGGUGUUGAAAGUAUUAAAGUAUGUUUAAUAAUAAUAUCAUAAUUAAAUUAGUGGUGAAAAUCAAUACUUAGUGUUUCUCUGAGAAGUGGCAACGCAUUUGUUUGUUGUAGUAGGUAAACUUAGCUAACAUGUCCCGAAUACACAUCAAUCCAUGCCUAUACUCUAACAAUGAUCAACAAUGAAAGAGCUCUGAAAACAGUAAUUUGAGUCUUAUGUCCGUAAACUAUAGAUGUAAAAAUUAUUGAUAUGGUCAACAAGUACAUACUUGUACGAUAUUAGAUGUUAAGAAAAGUAAAACAUGCUGCAAUCAUAAUUUGCAGUGAAUUUGUUAUUGAUUGAGGAAAGAAAUUUGAAUAUUUUUGCAUAAUCUGAAAAUUAUUUUUGAGUCCGUAUUUUGUACUUUAUUAUGCAGUUUAGUUGCUCAUGUGUUUUGAUAUAGUCCACUGGUAGAAACAAUUUGUAUGAAAAUAGAUUUCCAUGCCCACCAAUGCCCUCUGUCAUACAAAACAAUCAUUUUUAUGUUCGGAAUUAUAUUUGUUAUCCUUCUAGCAAUCUCUAGUUGUCGUCACUAGCGCAAGUUGGUGUAACAUAUACAACAAAGUUUUUUAACUUUGUAUUUGUUUCUAAUUCGACUGUUCAUAAUCUGCUGUAUAGUCGACAAAAUUAAAUUGUAGACACGGUAGAUUAUAACACGAAAAUCAUUUAAUCAACAGAUUCCUAUGAUUAAAUAAAAUAGAUCAGAUCUCAUCUCGAUCUCGUCCCGAAUCGUUAUAAGAACGUUUGUCAUAAAAAACACGUUUCAAGCUAUUAAAAAUAAAUUUUGUAAUCGUUUCUACCGUUGGACUAUUCAAAAUGUAAAGGGUCCAAUUAGUUGUGGUCUGUAUGCACAAGAAUCUCUCAGACAAUGUCAGUUAAAUGAAUUAAAAAACAUAUUUUUGUAUAAGUGACAUAUUCUAUUUUGUUUUGAUGUAAAAUAAAUGUGCGUAUGGACCACGGACGUGCGAGAAACAGUACCCACAGCAUAGAGACACCUCGCUAGCCAACUGGUUAAUUCCAUUUUAAUUUAUUGUUUCUUAUCCAAUAAGUCAAAGGAUGUGUUUCUGUUGUAAUUGUCAUUAUUAUUAUAUUAAGGGCCUCUUUCACACCCAGUAUUCCGUAGCUCCGUACUACAUAUCUAUGAUUAAAUAAACUAUACAAGAAUAAAUACACCUGUAGCCAGUAGCAUUUGAUAGCUUAGCUGUCAUAGUAUGUAUGUAAUACGUAAACAUUUCACUACUGAUAAUGAUGACAUGCUGAGCUAUCGAAGUGUAGUAUCUCGUUGUAAUGCAUGUUUAAUGUUUAGUAUACCGAGUUUCACAUCGUACUAGCACAAAGUGAAAGAUGCUCUUACUCUGGUGACGCGACUGACCGAUGGUAUUUUAUAAUGUUAAUGCAGUAAUGGAAUAAUUUUUAAGCUCUGCUAAUUAAUUACCUAUUAUGAUUAAAAGUAUCGUAAUAAUA